AUGUCGGACGGUCUAGUGGCUGCUAUGCAGCAGGUUAAGAUAAAGAUGGACGCUAUAGAUCCAGAUGGAGACUUAGAUGCCUGGGCUGGAGAUGAUGAAUUAGACAAACCGCGUAACCACAAGAUUCAAUCGACAGAAGAGUUGAAAGCUGAGUUGGAGAGAGAGUUUUUGAUACCGUCCCCGCGGUUCAACACUCACUGGCUGAACAAGCUUCAGAGACGAUGGGAGUAUCCAGCAGAUUACUCGCAGCUUUUUGAACUUGCACCGACUCAAAGUCGGACUAUUAUCAGAUUCAACCGUGAAGGCUUGGAAGGCCGGGUCACUGGCUAUCAUGAAGUUACCGUUCCGGCCGGAAGUGCUACGGCAAAGAAUUCUACUUCUUUACUAAGGAAGCCCGCAAGUCGUGCAGAUUUUGUUAGAGGAGCUGCGGGAUUUUACCCCUUUGCACCAGGUGGCCUUGAAGCAGUUGAUGCUAUCUCUGCCAUCGAUGUAGAGGCUGAACUGGAUGAAGACCCCACUCUAGGAAGUACACCAACAAAACCAUCAGGACUUGACAGGAUUAUCAAUCUUGGCUCUCAAGGUGGUUUACUAGAGGUACCCCCUGGUUUCACUCGUGGGCUCAAGUUCGAAACCGAAGGAAACGAAGAUGAACAGCAGAAAGCAAAAGAAGUCCGCGAGGAACUUGAACGUGAAGACGAUACUGAACUUAAGCAUCUACCGAGCCAGGACUCUAGGGAUGCUACCAGGCAAUCAAGUGCCGAGGAAGGUGACCAAGGGUCAAGCAGCGAAAGCGAAGAGGAUAUCGAUGCUCUUCUACCUGUGGAAUACCCUGCUCUUGAACCCAGGGGAGAACUUAUCCAGUCAUCCUUGAAAAAGUCUCGUAAGGAGUGGGCCCAUGUUGUGGAUGUUAAUAAGGAAAUAACCAAUUUCUACGAGCUGGUUCCGGAUAUGGCUCGGGAAUAUCCAUUCGAGUUAGACACUUUCCAAAAAGAAGCAGUGUAUCAUUUGGAGAAUGGAGAUUCCGUCUUUGUCGCUGCGCAUACUUCUGCUGGAAAGACGGUUGUUGCGGAAUACGCAAUUGCUCUGGCAAAUAAGCAUAUGACCAAGGCGAUAUAUACAUCUCCCAUAAAAGCCCUGAGUAACCAGAAAUUCCGUGAUUUCAGAGGUACAUUUGACGAUGUUGGAAUCUUGACUGGAGAUAUACAGAUUAAUCCGGAGGCAAGCUGCCUGAUUAUGACGACGGAGAUUCUUCGGAGUAUGCUUUAUCGAGGCGCUGAUUUAAUACGAGACGUGGAGUUUGUCAUAUUUGAUGAAGUCCAUUAUGUCAAUGACCUGGAAAGAGGAGUGGUGUGGGAAGAGGUCAUCAUCAUGUUACCUGAGCAUGUUAGCCUGAUCCUGUUAUCGGCCACUGUGCCGAACACUUAUGAGUUUGCCUCGUGGGUAGGACGGACGAAGAAGAAGGAUAUUUAUGUUAUUUCAACGCCGAAACGACCGGUACCAUUGGAACAUUAUCUAUGGGCUGGAAAGGAAAUACAUAAAAUAGUCGAUGCGGAGAAGCGAUUUAUUGAAAAGGGCUGGAAAGAUACCGAUGAUAUACUCUCAGGUCGUGAUAAAAUUAAAGCUCAAAAAGCAGCGGAGGCUCAGGCGGCUCGCGGAGGAAAACAGCCUGAGAGAGGACGCGGCCAGGGUCAGCGUGGGAGUGGUCAACGCGGUACAGGGCAACGAGGCGGUGCUCAGCAGAGAGGCAGAGGGCAACCCUCAGCUCGAGGAAUUGGCAAUAUUGCGAGAACGGGACGUGGUGGUGGUAGAACCUCCGCUGCACAGGAUCGCAAUGUAUGGGUUCAUCUGGUGCAGUAUCUACGAAACCGUGAAAUGCUUCCAGCCUGCAUUUUCGUUUUCUCUAAGAAACGGUGCGGAGAGAACGCAGAUUCUCUUUCUAAUCAAGAUUUCUGUACUGCAGCGGACAAGAGUGCAAUCCAUAUGGUCGUGGAGAAAUCAUUGACUCGGCUCAGGGUCGAGGACAGAGAUCUCCCACAGAUUCGCAAAGUUCGAGAACUUCUUAGCCGAGGUGUCGGUGUUCAUCACGGCGGCCUUCUUCCCAUCGUUAAGGAGAUUGUCGAAAUAUUGUUUGCAAAAGGACUUGUUAAGAUCUUGUUCGCAACAGAGACGUUUGCAAUGGGUUUGAACUUGCCCACUCGCACAGUCGUUUUCUCUGGAUAUCGGAAACAUGACGGAAGAGCCUUCCGAGAUCUUUUAGCUGGUGAAUAUACCCAAAUGGCUGGCAGAGCUGGUCGUCGUGGCCUUGACACAGUCGGGUCGGUCAUCAUAGUUACAUCCGGUCGCGAUGAGGCCCCGCCUAUCGCGGCACUGAGGAAGAUGAUACUCGGUGAUCCGACGAAGCUACGAUCUCAAUUCAGGCUCACGUAUAACAUGAUGCUGAAUCUUUUACGAGUCGAGGCAUUGAAGAUAGAGGAAAUGAUCAAGCGAAGUUUCAGCGAGAAUGCUACCCAGGCACUUCUCCCUGAACAUGAGAAACAAGUACAAUUAUCUGAAGCCAGCCUGCAAAGGAUAAAGCGAGAGCCCUGUGCGAUCUGUGAUGUUGACCUUGCCGCCUGUCACCAGGCGGGCGUUGAAUAUGAACGUCUAACAAUACAACUGCAUACAUUGCUUAUGGCCUCACCUGUUGGCAAGCGUAUGUAUGCAGCAAAGCAGCUUAUUGUGUUCAAAAAGAAUGGUGUCAGGACGGCCGGAGUAUUGAUGAAGGAGGGUGUUACUGGAGGGCCUAUACCGUCCUUGAGUGUUUUCGAGAUUGGUCCACUAGAGUCUCGAAGGUUCCCAAGUGAUAUACUUCCGUACAUGCCUAUGUUUAGAGAGUACUUCCACCGACUGUCAACGUCGCCAGAGAACAUGGCUUUAAAGAGUUGCAAAGUACCACUCGCCAAUCUUGAAUGUGUGACGGGUACAACAGUGCGAAUUGGAGCACCAACCUGGUGCCUCAAUAUGCAUAAAGAGGCAGUGAAAGUGGCAGAGAAGGAGUUUUCAAAGUUGUGUGCAUCCUGGAUAGAUAAAGCCUGGGAUGAACUUGAUUGGGAACGGGUCAAGGACAUGUCGGUCAGGGAGGUUCUGGAGCAAAGGGCUCAGCAGGUUAAGAUUGCACAGUCCUGCGCAUGUCUUCAAUGUCCACAGUUCCUUAAACAUUUCGAGAUGCAACAUGAUGAAUGGCAGGUGAAGGAGAAUAUCUCGCAACUGAAGCAGCUGAUGUCGGAUCAGAACCUUCAGCUGCUACCAGAUUAUGAACAACGAAUCCAAGUUUUGAAGGAUCUGGGCUUCGUCGAUGAGGCUUGUCGGGUUCAGCUCAAGGGAAAGGUUGCCUGCGAGAUCCAUUCUGCCGAUGAGCUGGUGCUCACCGAGCUGAUCCUCGAGAACAUACUAGCAGAGUAUGAGCCGGAAGAGAUCGUAGCCCUCCUGUCCGCGUUCGUUUUCCAGGAGAAGACAGAGAACGAGCCAACGUUGACACCGCGUCUCGAGGCCGGUAAGGAAGCUAUCAUAGCGAUCUCCAACCGGGUGAACGACCUGCAGAUCCAGCACCAGGUCGUGCUGUCAUCCGACGACGCCAAUGACUUUGCAAGCAAACCACGGUUUAACCUGAUGGAAGUUGUGUACGAGUGGGCACGAGGGAUGACAUUCAACCGCAUCACGGACCUCACAGACGUGAUGGAGGGCACUAUCGUGCGGGUAAUAAGUCGAUUGGAUGAAACCUGCCGCGAGGUCAAGAACGCUGCCAAGCUGGUUGGAGAUCCAUCCCUGUACAACAAGAUGCAGCUGGCGCAGGAGAUGAUCAAGCGAGACGUGAUCUUUGCGGCCUCGCUCUACCUCUAG